UCCUUUUUUUUUAUAAAUCAUAAUCUCCAAUCUUAUUCAAUACACACAAAUCAUAAUCCGUAAACCGAAAUAAACCCACGAAAGACAAACCCUUAAACCCUAUUCCAUUCGAUUCAUCAUCAUCAUCUCAUAUAAUCGCGAUUUCGUUCGAUUCGAAUCAUUUUAUCAGAUGGGUAGUCGCCGAAACUUACGUACAAUUCAUACAAUCUCUCUUGUAUUAGCCGUAAUUCUUCUUCUAUCGUCUGGUUUCUGGAAAACGGCGGCGGCGGCGAGGCCAUUCGCCGGAGAAGAAUUGAACAUCCUUCAGUCUCUUCAGAGAGGUCCAGUGACGCCGUCGGGAGGUAACCCCUGCACCCAUAUUCCCGGCGGUCGUCGCGGCGGCCGCGGUCGGUGUAUUUUGGCUGACGAAGUUGAUUUUCCGGCGAAUAACCACAGUGGUCAUCCGCCGGAAACUUUUCCUGGGAUGGUGGUGGAGUUUCAGGCGGCCAAAAACGUCACCGGGAGACAACGUCGGAAGAGUUCUUGAUUCUUUUGAGGGGAGAGAAAGAGAGAGAGCACAGGAAGAAGACGACUCGGUUUGGGGCCACGAAUUGGCGCGAAAUUGAAGGGAAGAAGAACCAGUCAGAAGACAUCUAUGGAGAAGAACAAUGUCACUCUCUCAGAUUUUCAUUCUUUUCCUCACAUUCUUCUCAUUCUCUCUCCCAGUUUUUCAUUUUCUUCCUCUUUUUCGCUCUCGGUUUCGAUUCCUGGCGAUCGAAUCCUCCAUGUCAUGGCUCAAUUUCAUCUUCCGGUGAUCGGGUCCUUCUGCUUCUGUUUGGCCCGAUUUCGCGUGAAUGUUGUAUGUUUGGGUUAAAUUUCGAUUUUGGUUGAUUGGUUCUGUUGAUUUUGAUCUGGGUACUUUGAAUCUGGAUGGGUUUGUGAGGGGAUAUCCGAAAUUUGAAGCUUUCUUGCGUAACAAGUCACUUUCCCAAAUAUAUUGAGGUGAAAUGUUCUUGAGGGCUAGGAAUUUGUUAGUUUGAAUUUAUUGCGGCAGAGGAAAAGAGGUCUCAGCUGAGCUUCCGACUUGAAGCCUUAAAAUGGGAACUCCAGUUAACAUCAUUGUAGGUUCUCAUGUCUGGGUUGAAGACCCUGAGGUGUCUUGGAUUGAUGGGCAGGUCGAAAAGAUUAAUGGACCAGAAGUUGAGAUCCAAACCACCAGUGGAAAGAAGGUCACUGCAAAAUUGUCGAAGAUAUACCCAAAAGAUUUGGAGGCUCCUGCUGGUGGAGUUGAUGACAUGACAAAGCUGUCUUAUUUGCAUGAGCCAGGAGUUCUUCAGAACUUAAAAAUCAGAUAUGAACUUAAUGAGAUCUAUACUUACACUGGAAACAUACUUAUUGCGAUUAAUCCAUUUCAACGACUCCCUCAUAUUUACGAUGCUCAUAUGAUGCAACAAUACAAGGGAGCACCAUUUGGGGAACUAAGUCCUCAUGUUUUUGCAGUUGCUGAUGUUGCAUACAGGGCAAUGAUAAACGAGGGAAAAAGCAAUUCGAUUCUGGUAAGUGGUGAGAGCGGAGCAGGAAAAACUGAGACCACUAAGAUGCUUAUGAGAUACCUGGCAUAUCUGGGAGGUCGUGCUGUUACCGAAGGAAGGACAGUUGAACAACAAGUUCUCGAAUCAAAUCCUGUCCUUGAAGCCUUUGGUAAUGCCAAAACAGUCAGGAAUAACAAUUCCAGUCGCUUUGGUAAAUUUGUUGAAAUUCAGUUUGAUAAGCAAGGAAGAAUAUCUGGAGCAGCUAUAAGGACAUAUCUUCUUGAGCGAUCUCGUGUUUGUCAAAUUUCUGACCCUGAGCGCAACUACCACUGCUUUUAUCUUCUUUGUGCUGCACCACAAGAGGAAGUUGAAAAAUACAAGCUGGGACAUCCAAAGACAUUUCAUUAUCUGAAUCAAUCAAAAUGCUAUGAGCUCGUCGGUGUAAGCGAUGCCCACGAUUAUCUUGCCACCAGGAGAGCAAUGGAUAUCGUUGGGAUUAGUGAGAAGGAACAGGAAGCAAUUUUCAGGGUGGUAGCUGCAAUUCUUCAUAUUGGUAAUGUCGAGUUUACUAAGGGGAAGGAAGUGGAUUCAUCAGUUCCCAAGGAUGACAAGGCGAAAUUCCAUCUUAAAACAGUGGCAGAACUUCUCAUGUGUGAUGUACAGGCGCUUGAAGAUGCAUUAUGUAAGCGUGUCAUGAUUACACCAGAGGAAGUUAUCAAGAGAAGUCUUGAUCCACAGAGUGCUGUAAUCAGCAGAGAUGGUCUAGCUAAGACAGUUUAUUCACGAUUGUUUGAUUGGUUGGUAGACAAGAUUAAUAACUCGAUUGGACAAGAUGCUAAUUCUAAAUCUCUUAUUGGAGUCCUUGAUAUUUACGGGUUCGAGAGCUUUAAGACUAACAGUUUUGAACAGUUCUGUAUUAAUUUUACUAACGAGAAGUUGCAGCAACAUUUCAAUCAGCACGUUUUCAAGAUGGAACAGGAGGAGUACACGAAAGAAGCAAUAGAUUGGAGCUACAUUGAGUUUGUGGAUAACCAAGAUGUUCUCGAUCUGAUAGAAAAGAAACCUGGUGGGAUCGUUGCUCUCCUUGAUGAAGCUUGCAUGUUUCCAAAGUCGACCCAUGAAACAUUUGCAAACAAACUUUAUCAGACGUUCAAAGUCCACAAGCGGUUUAUUAAGCCAAAACUCUCUCGUACAGAUUUCACUAUCUCCCAUUAUGCUGGAGAGGUCCUUUAUCAGUCUGAUCUAUUUUUGGACAAGAACAAGGACUAUACAGUCCCAGAACAUCAGGAUUUGUUGAAUGCUUCCCGUUGUCCUUUCGUGGCGGGCCUUUUCCCUCCACUCCCGGAAGAAUCAUCUAAAUCUUCGAAGUUUUCAUCGAUUGGUUCUCGUUUUAAGUUGCAACUCCAACAGUUGAUGGAAACACUAAAUUCUACAGAGCCUCAUUAUAUCAGAUGUGUGAAGCCCAACAAUCUUCUAAAGCCUGCCAUAUUUGAGAAUGUCAACGUCAUGCAGCAACUUCGAUGUGGUGGUGUUUUAGAGGCAAUCAGAAUCAGUUGUGCGGGAUUUCCCACUCGUAAACCUUUCUUUGAGUUCAUAAACCGUUUUGGCCUUCUAGCUACCGAAGCUCUAGAAGGGAACUAUGAUGAGAAGGUCGCAUGUAGAAAGAUAUUGGAUAAGAUGGGUCUCAAAGGAUAUCAGAUUGGUAAAACCAAGGUGUUCUUGAGAGCUGGUCAAAUGGCUGAGCUAGAUGCCAGAAGAGCCGAAGUCCUUAACAGUGCUGCAAAAAAAAUCCAGAGACGGAUACGGACUCAUCAGGCCCAAAAACGGUUCACUGCUUUGAGAGAGGCCACAAUAUCUAUGCAAGCUAUUUGCAGAGGAAGACUUUCCUGCAAAGUUUUUGAAAACUUGAGGAGACAAGCGGCUGCCGUGAAGAUUCAGAAGAAUGCUCGGAGAUGUCAUUCUAGAAAAUCCUAUAAGAAGCUCCAUGAGGCUGCUCUUUUUGUGCAAAUAGGUUUAAGAGCAAUGGCUGCUCGUAAAGAAUUUAGAUUUAAGAAGCAAACAAAGGCUGCUACAAUUAUUCAGGCUCAAUAUCGUUGUCACAGAGCAACCUUGUACUACAAGAAGCUACAGAGAGGAGUGAUUGUGUCACAGACACGAUGGAGAGGAAGACUGGCCAAGAGAGAACUUCGGAAGCUCAAAAUGGCUGCGAGGGAAACAGGUGCACUUAAAGAGGCGAAGGAUAUGCUUGAAAAGAAAGUAGAGGAACUCACAUACCGUGUCCAGUUGGAGAAACGUUUGAGGGUUGAUUUGGAAGAAGAAAAGUCUCAGGAGAUAAUGAAAAUACAGGGUUCCUUGGAGGAAAUGCGGAAAAAGGUUGAUGAAACAAAUGCUCUGCUUGUUAAGGAACGGGAAGCUGCAAAGAAGGCCAUUGAAGAAGCGCCUCCUGUUGUUAAAGAAACCCAAGUUUUAGUGGAGGAUACCAAAAAGAUUGAAUCAUUGACAGAAGAAGUAGAAGGUCUAAAGGCUACCCUAGAAACUGAGAAACAACGAGCUGAUGAUGCAACGAAGAAAUUUGAUGAAGCUCAAGAGUCUCUUGAGGAAAGAAGGAAAAAGUUGGAAGAAACGGAGAAGAAACUCCAGCAAUUCCAAGAAUCAUUGACGAGGCUAGAAGAAAAAUGCACCAACUUGGAAUCGGAGAAUAAAGUACUACGGCAGCAGGCUUUGUCCAUGGCACCAAAUAAGUUCCUUUCGGGUCGAUCCAGGUCAAUUCUACAGAGAGGUUCAGAGAGUGGUCAUCUGGCAGUUGAUGGAAGGCCUAGUAUGGAUAUGCAUAGCAAUGUGAUGAUUCAUAAGGAGAACUCUGAAGUGGAGGAUAAGCCACAGAAGACGUUAAACGAGAAGCAGCAAGAAAACCAGGAGUUGCUUAUCCGUUGCAUCGCUCAACACUUGGGUUUCCAGGGGAACCGACCUAUUGCAGCGUGUAUCAUAUACAAAUGCCUUUUGCAAUGGCGGUCAUUUGAGGUUGAAAGAACUAGCGUCUUUGAUCGGAUUAUUCAGACAAUUGGCCAUGCUAUUGAGACGCAAGACAAUAAUGAAGUACUCGCAUAUUGGUUAUCUAAUGCCUCAACUCUCCUCUUGCUCCUUCAACGCACACUAAAAGCUAGUGGUGCUGCUGGAAUGGCUCCACAACGACGUCGCUCAUCUUCUGCCACUCUCUUUGGGAGGAUGACACAGAGCUUCCGGGGGACACCCCAAGGCAUGAAUCUUUCGAUGAUUAAUGGUGGUGUGGGAGGUGGAGUGGAUACCUUAAGGCAAGUUGAAGCCAAAUACCCGGCAUUGCUUUUCAAGCAGCAGCUCACAGCCUAUGUAGAAAAGAUAUACGGUAUGAUUCGGGAUAACUUGAAGAAAGAAAUUUCUCCACUUCUUGGAUUGUGCAUUCAGGCACCAAGAACAUCAAGGGCGAGUUUAGUGAAGGGAGCAUCUCGUUCCGUUGGCAACACCGCAGCUCAGCAGGCAUUGAUUGCUCAUUGGCAAGGAAUUGUGAAGAGCCUUACAAACUUCCUCAAUACACUGAAAUCUAACCACGUCCCUCCAUUCUUGGUUCGUAAGGUGUUCACACAAAUAUUCUCAUUCAUCAAUGUUCAACUGUUCAACAGUCUCUUAUUGAGAAGAGAGUGCUGUUCAUUCAGCAACGGUGAAUAUGUCAAAGCAGGAUUGGCUGAACUAGAACAUUGGUGUUAUAAGGCAACUGAUGAGUAUGCGGGUUCUUCUUGGGAUGAGCUGAAGCAUAUCAGACAGGCCAUCGGGUUUCUGGUUAUACACCAAAAACCAAAGAAAACCCUCGACGAGAUAAGUCAUGAUCUUUGUCCAGUGUUAAGCAUACAGCAGUUAUACAGAAUCAGCACGAUGUACUGGGAUGAUAAAUACGGCACGCACAGCGUCUCCCCUGAUGUUAUAGCAAAUAUGAGGGUGUUGAUGACAGAAGAUUCAAACAAUGCUGUUAGCAACUCCUUCCUGUUGGAUGAUGAUUCCAGCAUUCCUUUCUCGGUCGAUGAUUUAUCGAAAUCGAUGGAGCGGAUGGACAUCGCUGAUAUCGAGCCACCGCCUCUAAUCCGAGAGAAUUCAGGGUUUAGCUUUCUGUUGCCAUGUGCAGAUUGAUCCUUUUGAUGUUUUGCCGCAGCUCUUUUUCCGAGGCUCUUCUUGUACGGAGCAUUGACUUCUGGUAGAGAAACUCCUGGGUUACUUGUUACACAAGAAAGAAGAAGAUGUAGCAUAUGAUUGCAAACAGGUUUACGUUACCACAUCCUGUUGGUACCUGAACGGAAAAAACGAAAAGUCAACAGUGUAUGCUUCCAUUUCAAAGCAUAAAUAAAUGGUAUUGUUAUUAUGAUUAUAUGAUCCAUAAAAGAAGCUGAUACAUGAUGACCCUCAAAAGUAUUACAUAAACUCUUUUCCAUUAUUGUAUAAAACUGAAUAAUCUGUACCCGAACCGAACCAAAGAAUCAAAUCCCGAAACUCCCACACCUUUAUUUCUCUGAACAAUUCAAUUCUCAUUGCAUCACGGGUUGGCUCGGUUAAAACCGGUUAACCUAAAAACGACAAGUUCUUGCAUUUUGGAUUGAAAGACAGAAAUUUGUUUUUAUUCUACAAAAAGAUGAUGCAUAUUCAGGCUGACAUUAAAAAAAUAAUACAGUUCAGAUUUAAUUAUAGAUAGUUUGCAUUAUUAAUUUUUGAAACUGUUGCGUAAAGAUGGAAUUAUUUCCAACCCAUUUCUUUAAAAUUUUCGUGAAAACCGAUUAGACCGAACCCAAAUCGUACAACCUCAAUUGUUAGCCGAAAUGCCCAACCUUUGGACUUCCCGUGAAAUCCCUAAAACCUUAAACCCCAAAUUUGUUCUCUCUCUCUCUUAUCUCUCUCUGUGAAUAAUAAGAAGAAGAAUAAAGAAGAGCGACUUGUUUCUACUUAAGACAAGGCCAGGGAUUCGCUUCAGGUAUGUCGCCUAAUCGAUCUCCCUUCUCUCUCUCUCUGUUUGAGCUUAUAAAUUAGCUUCAGGGUUUGGAUGAAUGGGCUCCUGAGAUCAGCCUGUGCGUGUUUCCCUGUGGUUCUGUUACCGUCACAUUGUGUGUGUAUAUCUUCCGACACCAUGGGUGUGGCAUUUUCUGGUUCCCAAUAAAGCUUGUCUCUCCGAUCGUUGAUUUUCCGAUGUAAUUCCCCGUUCGCUUGGUCAGUUUCUGAAUCCGAUAGGGGUUUAGACUGUGGCAGUGGACACGUUUUGGAGUGUUUAAUCUGUUAGGCAUUCCCUUUGAUUUUCUACUGAUUUCUAAGUCAAGCAACUAUAAUUUUCUUAUCACAGAAAUCAUUGCUAGUAAGGUUAAGAAAUUUUGCUUUUUAUCCUUUUUUUUUAUUUUGAUGAUGUAACAUUGUAGUCAAGUAUUUAAUGCGAUUUGAUUUGAUUCA